CUGUAUCUAUAUAUAUAUUCAAGAAAAGAAUCCCACUGAAAAUUUCUGUAAUAUUAAUAAACAGUAAUUCUUGUUCUAACGAGUUCUUGAGUUCAACUUAGUAUUAAACUCAGAUUUUUACACACACACACACACACCUUGUCUGAACACCCCCACCCCCACCCCCACCCACCCCACCUGGGAAAACACCCAUUUGUUACUACUUAAGCAAAGUGGAGGUGGGUUUUAAAAUCUCCAUUGUUGAGUGUGUUUGAAGGGCAAAAAAGGAAAGAAGAAGAAGAAGCAAAAUGGUGGUAAUAACAGAAGAAAUGAUUAGACAGUUUGAAACCCUUAUGGAUAAAGCUGAUGAACCACUCAAGAAAACAUGCCAGAACAUGCAUAACGGGUACCCGAAAGAGAAUUUGGUUAGGUUUCUCAAAGCAAGGGACGGAAAUCUUGCGAAUGCACAUAAAAUGCUCAUCGACUGUUUGUACUGGAGGAUACAAAAUGAAAUCGACAACAUACUUGCGAAGCCGAUUAAUCCUAGUGAUCUGUGUCGAGCAAUACGAGAUUCUCAGCUUAUUGGAUUGUCCGGAUAUUCGAAAGAGGGGCUUCCUGUAAUUGCGGUUGGUGCAGGGCGCAGCACAUUCGACAAAGCAUCGAUUCAUUACUAUGUUCAAUCGCACAUUCAAUUGAACGAAUAUAGAGAUCGUGUGAUAAUGCCUAAUGUAACAAAAAAAUUCGGCCGUUACAUCGGCACGUGCAUAAAGAUUCUUGAUAUGACCGGUCUCAAGAUUUCCGCAUUGAAUCAAAUCAAGCUGUUGUCUGUAAUAUCGGCUAUAGAUGACUUGAACUAUCCCGAGAGAACGGUGACUUAUUACAUAGUCAACACUCCGUACAUAUUUUCAGCAUGUUGGAAGGUUGUUAGACCUCUUUUGCAAGAGAGGACAAGGAAAAAAGUACAGGUUCUUUCGGGCGCGGGACGAGAUGAAUUAUUGAAGAUUAUGGAUUACGAAUCUCUCCCACAUUUUUGUCGAAGAGAAGGGUCCGGUUCGUCACGUAAUUCCAUAAACGGAGCUACAAGUGACUGUUUCUCGUUGGACCAUCCUUUCCAUCAGCAGCUGUACAGCUACGUGAAGGAGCAAUCUGCUGUGGUGAGGUCCACCGCACCCCUAAGGCACGGAUCUUUCCACGUAGACUUUCCCGAACACGACCCGGUGGACCCGAAAAUCGUUCAAGCUAUAGAGUCCGAGUUCCAAAAAAUCGGUAAUCAAAACGGGAUCUGCCAGUCGUUGGAAAAGGUUAAAUUAAACGGAGACUGAAAUCAUCGGUACAAAUAUUAAUACAGCUAAUUAAUGUAAAUAGCUUCUUCUUAAAGGGCUAAAUGCUAAUACUUACUUUACUUAAUUUCAAGACUGUGUGGAGGUAGAAUUCAUGCAUUUUCCUGAUGCUAUUAUAUUAUGAAUAUGAUAUAUAAUGUAUUGGUUA